AUGGACUCAUCUGCGGUACUAUUCGCCGUGACCAUAGUCAUAGGGUUUAUAUUCCUCAGAUGGUUAAUAUCCCCAAUUCCAGAAACCAAUGAUUUCAAUAUAGACACAUCUGCCUUGUCGAAAGAACAAGAUGGAGAAGGCACAUCCUCUUCAUCAACUAGUGAAGGUACAUCAGCAAAAAGUCGGAACAGAAGACAAGUUACUGAUUCAAUGAUUGAAGUCGUACAGACUAUUGCUCCAAGGUUGACAGUGGAGCAAAUUCGUUUUGAUUUAGAAAAGACUGGAUCGGUUGAGGUAACGGUUGAUAAUUAUAUGCAAAAUGGAGAUUUACCACAUCCUCCGAAAUAG